ACCGUAAGGUCCUCCGUGGGGCGUACCAGGAGAGGUGGAGGAGGGCAAAUGUUGUCCCUAUUUUCAAAAAGGGGGAAAGAGAGGACCCAAAUAAUUACCGCCCAGUCAGUCUGACAUCAAUACCAGGGAAGAUUCUGGAGCAGAUCAUUAAGCAAACUGUGAGCACCUAGAAAGGAAUGCUGUGAUCACCAAUAGUCAGCAUGGAUUUCUGAAAAAUAAGUCAUGUCAGACUAACCUGAUCUCGUUUUUUGACAGAAUUACAAGCCUGGUAGAUGAAGGGAACGCAGUGGAUGUAGCCUACCUUGAUUUCAGCAAGGCAUUUGACAAGGUGCCCCAUGAUAUUCUUGUAAAGAAGCUGGUAAAAUGCAGUCUUGACUAUGCUACCACUCAGUGGAUUUGUAACUGGCUGACUAGCCGAACACAAAGGGUGCUCAUCAAUGGUUCCUCUUCAUCCUGGAGAAGAGUGACUAGUGGGGUGCCACAGGGUUCUGUCUUGGGCCCAGUCUUAUUCAACAUCUUUAUCAACGACUUGGAUGAUGGACUCAAGGGCAUCCUAAUCAAAUUUGCAGAUGACACCAAACUGGGAGGGGUGGCUAACACCCCAGAGGACAGGAUCACACUUCAAAACAACCUUGACAGAUUAGAGAACUGGGCCAAAACAAACAAGAUGAAUUUUAACAGGGAGAAAUGUAAAGUCUUGCACUUGGGCAAAAAAAAAUAUGAGAGGCACAAAUACAAGAUGGGGGACACCUGGCUUGAGAGCAGUACAUGUGAAAAGGAUCUAGGAGUCUUGGUUGGCCACAAACUUGACAUGAGCCAACAGUGUGACGCGGCAGCUAAAAAAGCCAAUGCAAUUCUGGGCUGCAUCAAUAGGAGUAUAGCAUUUAGAUCAAGGGAAGUCAUAGUGCCACUGUAUUCUGCUCUGGUCAGACCUCACCUGGAGUACUGUGUCCAGUUCUGGGCACCACAGUUCAAGAAGGACACUGACAAACUGGAACGUGUCCAGAGGAGGGCAACCAAAAUGGUCAAAGGCCUGGAAACGAUGCCUUAUGAGGAACGGCUAAGGGAGCUGGGCAUGUUUAGCCUGGAGAAGAGGAGGUUAAGGGGUGAUAUGAUAGCCAUGUUCAAAUAUAUAAAAGGAUGUCACAUAGAGGAGGGAGAAAGGUUGUUUUCUGCUGCUCCAGAGAAGCGGACACGGAGCAAUGGAUCCAAACUACAAGAAAGAAGAUUCCACCUAAACAUUAGGAAGAACUUCCUGACAGUAAGACAGUGGAAUUUGCUGCCAAGGAGUGUGGUGGAGUCUCCUUCUUUGGAGGUCUUUAAUCAGAGGCUUGACAACCAUAUGUCAGGAGUGCUCUGAUGGUGUUUCCUGCUUGGCAGGGGGUUGGACUCGAUGGCCCUUGUGGUCUCUUCCAACUCUAUGAUUCUAGGUACGAGGGUCCUAGGCCUAGGGAUAAGCAGUACAGGCCAAAGUGAUGAUGGAGUCCCUUUCUCUUCAUUCAUGCACAGAAAUGUCUGGGGCUGCUUCGCUCUGCUCCUCCUCACUCUUCCUUAUACCUAUGAUAUUAUUACAGGCCACCCUGACCUCCGAGUCACGUGAGAGACUCCAAGGGUUGCAGCAUUCACUCAGGGUUCUGUUUCCUUGAAAUGAAGGUCAACAGAGACUCUGCUGUCUUUUGGAUAUGUGGUUUUAUUUACACACAAAUAUAACCUGAGCAUAAGAUGGAGGGGCUCACAGCAUCAACACCCAACAGAUCUUGCUUUGGAUCCAGCAAAAGAGCAAGCAUCUAUCUGGCUCUCUAGCAUUUAGGUGAGGGGGGUGGAGGAAAGGCCAACCCAUGAGUUGAGGUCCCAUCUUGCAACCUAGAUCAUUCUUUUGAGAUGCGGAUGAGGACACUUCAGUGGCCAGUUAAGCUCAUUGUCUUCCCAAGAAACUUGUGUGACCAGUUCAGCAACCUCCUCUAUUAGAUUCUAACCCACACUGGGUAUAGAACUUCAAGAACUCAAAGGGACUCAGGGAAUCAUGCAGUCUGACCCCCCCUCCACUGCCCACAAACCUGUUUCCCUUCCUCUUUCUCAACCUUCUAUCUAGUUCCCUCAGCCUUCUGUCACAAUCUGGUGUGACCAAGGAAGGGCACUUGGGUUGGAGCUCUGCCAGGAGGGCCUGGCUUGGCUCCCUGGGUUCUCGGGGGCAAGGUCAGCAGGUGCCAUUCCCAAAGUCCAUGGGCUGCUUCUCCCUUUAGUCACCAGGAGCAGAGGAUUCAUGGAGCAAGAAUGCAGAGUGGGGUGAAGACUAGAACCCAUCCGCUCCCUGUCCAGUUUGAGGGACCUUUGGGUGGUGUUUCUGUUAAGCAGCCUGUGCUGGAGGAGGGUCUUCUGUUACAGACACACACAGGGGCAGAGGUGGGCAUGGCAGCAUUGACUCAAGACCCACAGCUCAAGAGUGGAGCACCUACUUUCAUCCAACCCCCCCCCCCCCAGGUGCAGCCCUGGGCAUCGUAAGGUAAAGGAAUCAGGUCUCUGCAGGCAAUGUUGUCCUGGGGCUUGCAGAGUCCCAAUGAAAUGGGGGGGGGGGCAGCUCCCCAGCUAAGCUGCAGGACAUGGUCACACUAUUUGCUACAGCAGGGAAUGUCAAUGGGACAUCAAAGCCACUAAUAUAAACAGAUUUAUUAUCAUCUUUCGGAAGAAAACCCACUGUCUGGUUAGUUAAAAGAAAGUGGUAAUUAAUUAUUAACCCUGACUCCCAAUAUGAGCUUUGAGAUCUCUCCAAGUAAUAAUUACACUUAAGUAGCACAGCUGGAGAACACAGAGCAAUGCUGUAGCAGCCCAGGAAAUCAAAGGCAAGAUCAAGGUGACUUAACUUGCAAUAUCCCCUUUCAAACAGUCUCCUUUAGAGACUAGGCACACAGCUCUUGCCUGCUGCCAGCAGCUGGCAGGAUGCAGCAGACACCCAGGAAUUGAAAUACAGCAGAAAGGGAGCCCUGUGGUUGCCUGUGGACGGUGGUCUCCCAAGAGCCCCAAAUGCCUUGCUCCUUCCUGGUCUUUCCUCCUGAGCUGCCCUGAGCUAAGCCAAGGUCUGGAGAACCCAGGCUGGUGGUGAGGAGUUCUCUCCACUAAGCAAUAGCUGUAGACAUCAGCAAGCCUUAGCAGCAGCUCAUGGAUUACCAGGAAAGGCAGCUUACUAGGUUGUGUGAACCAGGCCAGUCAGAUCCAUUUGAAGAGCCCAAACUAAGGUGCUGUUGGCUUUCCUGAAGCAAUAGCUCCCUCUGCUGGCCAUGAACAGAAAGCGCUGAUUCCAUGCACUUGAACGCAUUUGAUGGUGUUCAGUUAACUAUGCAGCAAGCUCGCCAAUGCAACUACUUGGCACAUGUGGAUGGAUACCUGUCAAGUCAAUUGCCCAUAAAGUCCUGCCAAGUUGAGGGGAAAUUCCCAUCCAUCUUCCUGCUGCGCAAGAUUUAUGAUCAGAUGUAGAAGUGUGGUAAAACUGCAUUCAUCUCUCAGAACAAUGUUGCAAAAUUAAAAAAAAAUCCUUCCAGUAGCACCUUUUUAUUUUUUAUUUUAUUUUGUUUCAACUAUGGCAGACCAACAUGGCUACCUACCUGUAACCACAAUGUUACAGGCUUAGCAAAUGGUUACCCCAGGCGCACUGUGGCAGAAUACUUUCCCCCAAAGACUGUGAGCUGAAGGUUCUGGAGGGGCAGCGAUGCCAACAAGAGACAACAUGGGGCUGCCCAGUGCAAUGCAGAAGGGAGAGGGAAGGGCAUGGGGGCUUCUAUGGCUCCUCUCCCAAGACUGCUGUGUUCUAAGGAGGGUCAUGGGCCUGCAGGGGCCUGCAAAAGCAUUUCUUCCUGGGGGCUGCCCUGGCCCCGGCUUGCAGCCCUUCUCUCUUCCAUGAAGUUAUGGCGUCUCUGCUUCAGCUCCUGAGCGACACUAGAUAGGUGUAAAAUGCAGUAGUAUUAUUAUUAUUAUUAAUCAUGAUGAGCCUGAGAGUUGAAAGCAGAACUUUGCUGCCAAUCUCCCUUGAAUGGCUGCCAUCCCUAUCGAUCCUGCUCUGCUUUCUGAAUUACACAAGGGUGGUGUUCUCCCCCCACCCAUUCCACAGCCAUUCCCAAGGAGUCAAGAUGUUCCACCAAUUUCUCCCAUCUUCACUUCCGAAGGGCACUUGGGGGUUGAACAUGUCAUCUCUGGAGCACAGAAAAUCUCGUGACCGCAGGGAGUGGAAGCGCUCUCAGGCCGCUGCUGGGCUGAUUUAACUCAAAGUGACGCGCCUGUCAUAGCCAGGAUGGGGGCCUGUGCCACAAGGACCCCGCUUAGCUGCUAGUUCAGGCGGGUGACUAUCUUCUCGGAGCAAAGGCACAGGAGAGUUGUCUAGAGGACCCACAUUGGCAGAUGAGGUGGGGGGAAGGAAGGUGCUGCCAGCUGGGGCGAUGCAAGCCUCUUCCUGCCUAACACGCGACAGAAGAGCCGGCUCAGAGGCGUUGGCGCUCUCCCAUACUCUGCCCCUGAUGCUGACUGCUGUCUGUGAGGGGAACCCCGUGCUGGAGGAGGGGGAGCAGCCAGAGCUCAAGUCCCAUAAAGGGAGGGGCAGGGUUGCCUAAUGCAUGGGGACUACAUUCAGUGGGGUGAGGGUUAGGGUUAGGGUUAGUGCACUCUGCACAUGUUCAAGAGACCCUUUUCUGUAUUUUUGCAUCACAUGUUCCAGGUGCUCUCUAGGAAUGGGGGCACUUUUAACCAUCUCCAUAAAGCUGCUCUUUCAGUAACGCCAAAGCUGAGCAUCCACAGAGACUCUGCCCCUGCUGGGUGUCAAAUAAAAGGCACAGAGUGACAACUCUUGGAAUGUCGUGCACGGUUCCGGUUGCCUCACCUCAAAGGAGAUACUGUGGUGCUAGAAAAGGUUCAGAAAAGAUAGACCGGGAAGGAUCCAGGGGCUGAAGAAACUCCUGCAUGAGGUGACAACAUGAGGCUUCUUUGUUUGAAGACAAGGGGAGUCAGAGGUCAGAUGAAAGAAGAGAGAGAAAAGCUUUCCUUCCACUUUCAUAAUACUCAACAUGGGGCAUUCAAUGAAGCUGUACAGUGAAAGAUUCAGAGCAGACAAAAGAAAGUACCUGGUCAUGCAGUUAAACUGUGGAACUCCCUCCCACAGGAAGCAGGGAUGGUGAAAGAGAGGAUUGGACAAAUUCAUAAAGCAUAAAUGGUCAUGCUCUGCCAUUCACUGCCUUCACCGUGGGAGGCAGCUGUGCUUCUGAAGGCCCCUGGCUGGGGAUGCCAAGCGAGGAGCGUGCUGUUGCUGUGCUCAGGUCCAGCUUCCAGGCUUUCCUUGGACAUCUGCGUGGUCCCUAUCAGAAGACGAUGCUGACCGGGAUGGCCCCACUUUGGCCUGAUCCAGCCGCAGGGCUCCGUUGACACAGCAUGCCAUGCCAAGCUACUGAGAAGCCCAAGCAGGGAGGGUAGGCAGGGCUGCGCCCGGAAAUGCAAUUGAGUGGGCCAUCAGAGAACCAUCGAAUUGUAAAGUUGGAAGCCAUGCCCAAAGGUCAUCUAAUCCAACCCCCUGCAAUUCAGGAAUCUCAACUGCACAAUCCCCAUAAGAGUCACAGAAGCUCCAGAGCAGAAGCUGGCAAACAGUCUGCUCCGCCCACACACUGUGAGCCAAAGGCAGUGGUGGCCCUUGCUCUCCAGGGUGGCCAAGGGCUCAAAGCAGGCCCAGCUGUGUGUGAGGCGAACAGGGGCACACUGCCAGCCUCGCUUCUCGUGGCCCCCUCUCUUUCUAGGAAACAGGCACUGCUUCCUGUGCCCUGUCAGCGCCCUCUGGCUCCUUCAAGGCCCAUGGGAAUGGCCUGCCACAAGCCGCAGCCAAGCCACAGCCAAGCCUCGGUCUCCUGCAUCCGAGGCCGCCUCUGCCUCUCUGAGCUCUCUGCUGGUUAA